AUGUACGCCACUGCCAUGGCUGACUCGUACGCGAGCGUCACGUCGCGCUGCGGGUCGUCCCAGUUUGCCACGAGUGCAUGGGCCGUGGGCACAACCCCGAAUCCCCCCAUGGCAAGGAACAAUAGAGCGCGCAGCGGACGAUACCUCCCCGCGGCCCUCGAUGGGGACAUCAGCAUGAGGACUGUGCAUGCGCCCAGGAUCGAAAUCCCAGUUAGGUACACAGCCUGCCAGGCUGGCGAGCACCGGAAGAUGGUGAGGUGGCGGGAGUGGCAGCAGAGGAGGUGGCAGGCGGUGCUCGAGAGGAGGCAGAAUGUGGCCCCGCUUAGGAAGACGAAGAACGGCCAGCUUGUGCCAGCUGUCUCGCCACCAAUGUCCGAUUUUGCGGAUGUAUCGAGAUUCGUUCGUGAAACGACACAAGACGGUGACGUUUUGUGCUUCUUUGAUCCUUCACUUGCUCCAUCGAUCAACCUAUUUUCUCACUUGUUGCCACUUGAGUGUAUAUAG